AUGAAAUGUUUUUCCAGUGUAUUUUCACAAAGUUCUCUGGUACCAUUAGCUAAAAUAGCCAAUGCACCGUCACGUUCAUUACGUUUACUAUGGGCUACUGUAACAGCAAUAAUGUUUAUCGGUCUAUGCGUUUGUAUCAGUCUAGUUGUUAUGCAAUACCUAAAACAUCAAACAGUAUUUCAGUUAGAUUAUUCCGGCCGACAUACAGUAUAUGAUCAAGUCCCUGGGAUAACCAUUUGCCCACAAUCACAAGAAUCAAAACGUCUAUUUACCGAUGCAAUGAAACGUUUCAAUAUUGCUUCACAACCUCAACCACUACCGUGGUUUAGUAAGACUGUUAUGGAUCAGUUUCGGGCAAAAGCCUUAGAAAUUCGGCCGGAUUUAAAAUUCAGUGUUAUUGUAAAUCGUUUACCUAAAGGUGAUUUAUUAUGGAAUACAUCAAAUACUGCAAUUUCACCGAUAUAUAGAAUGUUGUUAAAUUUUAGUGUUGAAUUUCAAAUUCAACCAUCACAUUUAUCUGAUAGCUACCGACUAACUGUUAUGGAACAAGUGCCAAAUAAACGAAAUUUUUUGUGUACCACAUUUGAAUUACUCUCAAAAAAUAUGGAAAGGGUAUGGUCUUAUUUAGAAAUUCGUAUAAAUCAAGAGAAUAAUUCAGAAGGUACAAAUCGUGUUACAUUCACAGUCAUAACACACGAACGUGGAGAGUUACCGUUCAGUGCUUACGAUAGGCAUAUUCAUACAAUUCUACCACCGGAGACUUCUGUCUCAUUAUAUUUUUCAAGUCUGUAA